UUUCUAAUCCCCAGCUGUCCCAGCCCACACAAUUGUUUACGAGCCUCUCCGAAAUAUCUACCCAACUCCAGAUUUCAGAAUGGAAACCCCUCCUCCUCCUCCUCUUUGAGUCCUCCCUCUCUCUCUUUCUAUAGUCGUCUCCUUCGUUUCUAAGUCUUCUUCAUCUCCGACAAACCAAGCUGAUAAUCUCUCUCCAUCUCUCUUUCCAAUUCAUGAGUUAACAUUUUUUUUUUUUUUUUUUUUUUUAAAUAGAGUUCCCUAAUUUCAAGCUAUCCUCUGCACAUGGAUUCAUGGUUUCUGAAAACCCUAAUUCCCUCGAUUUCCGCGAACUGGGUGGUCGAUUUGAUCUCAAUAUCUUGAGAGUUAAAGAUGGUCUGUCUCUUCUCUUGGCUUUGCUACUGUAGACUUGAUUGAAUUAUUAAAAUUGAAAAUUGGGAAGCAAAAGACGGCAAGAGUAUGGGGGAAGAAGUGCAGAGGAACAGAUUCGAAAGAGGCCUCGGUGAUGGAGAUAAUGACCGAGUCCUGGAAUGGGAGGUCGGGUUGCCCGGCGCUGACGAUCUGACGCCUUUGUCUCAGUCUUUGAUUCCUCCAGAGCUCGCCUCGGCUUUCAGUAUAUCACCUCAGCCCUAUCAAACCAUGCUUGAUGUGAAUCGCGCCUCCCAGAACACGCUAUCGAGCAUCUGCCGCCACUCGCAGGCUUUUACCUCCAACCACCUCAAAUCUCUGCCUUCCUCCGCCGAGGACCCGAGUCUUGACCCCUUGGUCGUUGAAGAUGACGAAAAUGAUCCUGAGAGUACCAACAAGGAUGACUAUGAUCCUCGCAAGGUAAGAAGACUUGACAGCGCUGAAGAGGUUGAUUCGGCUUCGCGGACAGAGAGUUCUUACAACAAUAAUAACGAUGAUCACUCUGCUCGGUCCUUGAAAAGGCCCCGACUGAUGUGGACUCCGCAACUUCACAAACGAUUUGUCGAUGUCGUCGCGCAUCUGGGUAUCAAGAACGCCGUCCCCAAGACCAUCAUGCAAUUGAUGAACGUGGAGGGUUUAACCAGAGAAAACGUCGCCAGCCACCUCCAGAAGUAUCGCUUGUACUUGAAGAGGAUGCAGGGCUUGUCCAACGAAGGCCCUUCCUCUUCGGAUCAUCUCUUUGCAUCAACCCCUGUGCCACAGAGCUUUCACGAAUCCGGUGCUAAUGCCCACAUGCCGCUUCCGAUGCCGUACCUUGUGAUGCCUAUGCCGGUAUUUGGUGAUGCCCACGGUCAUGGUCAUAUGGGGAUGCCCGUAGGUAAUCCACCCACCCCUGCUACCUGUCAUGGCUUCGACUCUCAUCCCUAUAACAUGUUUCGGGAGCAGCAGCGGGAUUGGUCGGGUAAUAAGUUCGGUUCGAUGAUGUCUUAUCGUCAUGUUAACUCAAACGAUAAAUGACAUUACCCAGGACUACCUUCGUAGCAGGGAGAUUCUUCUCCCACAUUUUCCCAAAUUUUGAAAUAAAGGAUGGAGGGUAAUGUCCACUACUUGACUAGCACAAUGGACAAUAUAGAAUGGAAAAAAUUGAAAAGGGCCAAUCAUUGUGAGACAGGAGUAGUAUCGCCUGUAUCUAAGAAUGGGAAAUAGGAGCUUGCAUCCAUAUUACACAACUUACAUGUUCAAAGCACUGAUGGAAGACACUUUGGAGAAGCUUAUAGCUGCUUUAAUGACUUAUAUCCUUUUACAACCUAGAAGGAGAUGAUAUUCUGCUAAUAGACCAACAGAAUGUCAAAUAGCUUGAUAAUACUCAUAAUACAUCCAGUGUUAAUGACUAGAGCAUGAACACCUGAUUACUGGUUAAUCAGGGAUUGGUUUUCCCUUGAAUUUGGAUGUUGGGAAUCUUAUCAUCUUGAAGGAGUGUCAACAUAAGCUAGAAUCUGAAUGUGAGCCGACACUGGGAACUGGAUCAAUUCUGGAGCAAGUUGGGUAGUACUUCAGUUAUGCACCCUUGUUUCUUCUCCUUGUGAUGUUUCAGGAGACCACCUUUAUCAUUGUUCAUUUGCAAGGAGGAAUUGAUUGGAAGCUCCUACCCAUCUAUUGAGCAUCUUUAAAUUCUUCUCCGCUUCAAAUAAGUUGGUAAAUGAAGUAUUGUUAUCUAUCACAAAAAGAAAUAUAUAUAUAUAUAUAUAUAUAUGUGUAUAUUGGGGGAAAAUAUUUUGCCCUAUAAGGAAACUCAUAACUAUUUUCCUCUAUGAAUAAUGGAGUUGAGCUUUUAUAUAUA